CGUCUUUCCUCGUCCAACCAAAACAUUACUCCUCUGUUUUGUUCAGACUUCAGACAGAGUCAAACUAAAUCCAUGGCCCYAACUUGUCCCUCUCUCCUUCCCAAGUUCCCAUAAUAGUCAUAUAGAAAGAAUCCAGAUAACCCGGCAAGACUAGAUCGUUUGACGCGGUUCACAGUGAAUUAAUAACCCCACAAAGAGAAACCAGAGAUAGUGGAGAACCAACCUCCUCCUUCCCCAUCUCAUCAGUCGUUGCUCACAAUCAUUCAAUGAUUGAAUAACUAAUAUCGUUCAUCUGUCUCUGUCUGUGUGCCUGUCUCUCUCUCUCUCUCUAAAGUUAACCACUUCUCACAGCAUCCAUUUCGCUUAUCCCUCCAAAUGUUAGGCUUAUUAGAAGUUAUCGGAGAUGAAACCGGGAAUAAAGAAGAAAAAAACAGAGGAAGAAAAGAAAAAACCCCAGAAAAAAAGAAGAAAAAAUGAAGAAAAAAAACCCAAACGCUUGUUUGUCCCUCGGUUCGGAAAGAAAAAGUCAGUCUUUGGAUCCAUUGCGCUUUUUGCUUUCCCGUUAAUCAAAACAAAACAGUUACAGAGGAAAAAUACACAGACGAACAGCCAAACUGAAGGGGAAAAAGCAAGAAAGAUUGCAGAGAUUGAAAGGAGAUUGAUCGUGCAAUCUGGGUUUCUGAGUUCAAGGAAGGAGCUGAGACGGAUUUACCGAGUUGGGUUUGAAUGGGUGAAGAAAUUCGCUAAAGACUGGGAAUGUGAUGUGAACUGGUGGCGGAGAAAGGAUUGUAGUGAAGAUGAGCAGAGAACAGGUUUCAAAAGCCUGGGAAGCAACGGUCCGCAAGUCACAAGCAGCUGCAAAGAAGCGCGGAAGCGGCUUAUUCUCGACAAUGUCGGUUGCCCAUGCCGACGACGAAGACGGUGGUGGUUCUACCACGGAGUCUUACCACGCCGAGAAGAUGCUCGCCAAUGGCGACUUCUAUACAGGGCAAUGGGUCGACAACCUUCCGCACGGUAACGGCAAGUAUCUGUGGACCGAUGGGUGCAUGUACGUCGGGGAAUGGUGUCGUGGGAAGACCAACGGCAAGGGUAAAUUCAGCUGGCCAUCUGGGGCUACCUACGAAGGAGAUUUCAAAAGUGGGUACAUGGACGGCAAGGGCACCUACACUGGUUCGAGCGGCGACACCUAUCGUGGGUCGUGGGUUAUGAACCUCAAGCACGGCCAAGGUGUUAAACACUACGCCAAUGGCGAUUCCUAUGAUGGGGAGUGGCGGCGUGGUGCCCAAGAUGGGAAUGGCCGAUACCAGUGGAAGAAUGGGAAUCAUUACAUUGGGCAAUGGAAGAAUGGUAUUAUCUGCGGCAGCGGAACUUUAAUCUGGACAAAUGGGAAUCGAUAUGAUGGGUCUUGGGAAGAUGGAUUACCCAAAGGGAAUGGAACUUUCAGGUGGUCUGACGGUAGCUUCUACGUGGGCACCUGGAGCAAGGACCCAAAAGAGCAGAGUGGGACUUAUUACCCAUCCGGCGCCUCGGCAUCUGGGAAUCWUGAUUGGGAUCCUCGCGAGGUGUUCUCGGUUGAUCUGAAUGAAUGUAAGAUUUGUCCUGGUGAGAAGGUUUCGGUUUUGCCGUCCCAGAAGUCGGUUAAUUGGCCCGGAGCUGAGGGGAGGUCGUCCAAGGCUCCGGAUAAGCCCAGGGGAAGUUCGGUGGAUGGGAGGGGGAGUACAGAUAAGGGACUUGAUAGGAUUUAUAUUUCGGAGUCUGAUGGGGACAUCACUUGUGACAUUGUUGAUGCAAAUUCAAUGCCGAGCAGAGAUGGGGAUGAUGGUAUUGGGGGGCCUCAGGUCGAGGACGCCGGAGCUCGGUUGCAGCAAUUGAAAAUGCAACCAAGGGAGACGAAGCGGCAGGGAGAGACAAUCUCUAAGGGGCAUAAGAACUAUGAACUCAUGCUCAAUCUGCAGCUGGGAAUCAGGCAUUCUGUAGGAAGACCCGGCCCAAUUGCAACCCUUGAUCUGAAGGCUUCAGCUUUUGACCCCAAGGAAAAAGUAUGGACAAAAUUCCCUCCUGAGGGAAGCAAGCAUACUCCACCACACCAAUCCUGUGAAUUUAGGUGGAAAGAUUACUGCCCAUUGGUUUUCAGAACACUCCGGAAAUUGUUCAAGGUGGAUCCAGCUGAUUACAUGAUAUCAAUAUGUGGAAAUGAUGCACUCCGGGAACUCUCCUCUCCAGGUAAAAGUGGAAGCUUCUUUUACUUGACCAAUGAUGACCGCUACAUGAUCAAGACAAUGAAGAAAUCAGAAGUGAAGGUGCUUAUAAGGAUGCUUCCAGCCUACUAUAAUCAUGUUCGGGCCUUUGAGAACACACUAGUUACUAGGUUUUUUGGUCUGCAUUGUGUGAAGUUAACUGGAGCUGCACAAAAGAAGGUUCGCUUUGUUAUAAUGGGAAAUCUGUUCUGCACUGAGUAUCCCAUCCAGAGGCGCUUUGACUUGAAAGGUUCUUCCCAUGGCCGGACAACAGAUAAGCCUGAGGCAGAGAUUGAUGAGAACACAACCCUUAAGGACCUUGACCUUAAUUUUAUAUUCCGACUGCAAAGAACAUGGUUCCAAGAGCUUCAUAGCAGGCAAGUGGAUAGAGACUGUGAGUUCCUUGAACAGGAGAGAAUUAUGGACUACAGUCUUUUGGUGGGCCUUCAUUUUAGAGAUUCAUCAUAUACCAGAGAUGAGGGUCGUCAUUCUAGUGUUCGAACUCCCAUGGGUAAUGGCGACCAUGAGAGUGAAGGAACAGCUCCUCAUCUUCCUAGAGUGGACAUGGAUCAUCUCUUUGACYCCAGCCGGUGGGCAUCUAUCAGGUUGGGUAUCAAUAUGCCAGCACGGGUUGAGCAAACAGUGAGAAGAAGUGAUUGUGAUUCUCAGCUGGUUGGAGAGCCUACAGGAGAGUUCCGUGAUGUGAUUUUAUUCUUUGGUAUCAUUGACAUACUUCAAGACUAUGAUAUCAGCAAGAAACUAGAACAUGCAUACAAAUCCAUCCAAUAUGACCCAACCUCAAUAUCAGCAGUCGAUCCAAAGCAAUACUCAAGACGCUUCCGUGAUUUUAUAUUCAAAGUUUUCACAGAAGACACUUGAACACCAGCUGAAAGCCACUGCAACUGUCACAUACAGGUUUGACAGCAUCCAGUGCCUUGUUUUGCCAGCUGAUGUAUUCUUGGAAUUUCUGCUGGAAGGCAUUCAUGUAUAGUCAAUCUUAGUGGGAAUGGCAUUCUACUUACCACCAAAGUUUUGAAGGUAGCCAUCAACAUGGCCUUUGGAGGAUCAGUUGUGGCUGCAGAAUUGCAUGCUGGAUAGUAUGGCAUUGUUCUCCUCUCUCCUCUUUAUAUAUAAUUAUAGAUAUAUAAUAUGUUUGGUAAGGGUAUAGAUGAAAGCCUUGACAUUGAAACAUGCAAGCCCAUUUGAAUUGUAAAUGAAUUUACCUGAGGGUAAACCUGUACUAGAAAUUAUUCCUUUUGUAUUGAAUUCUUUUCUUCUUUUUCAUUUUUAUUUAUUUAUUUUUUGUCUCAGAAGAUGAAGAGGAGCCUCUGGGAUUUUGUUAUUGAAUAAAAGUGUACAGAGGAGUAUCGGAACUGAACUUGUUUUUCUUAUUCCAUUUAUCAAGUUAAUUGUUUUUGACUUCAA